CCCCCACUCCUCCACAAAUGUGAUUGGAACAUAGCGUUCUGAGUAUGCUAUUAGCACGAAAGUAACGCUAUGUUAAGGCUAUAAUUUAUUUUAUUUCUAUAAAUAUUUGUAUCUAAACAUUAAACAGCAAUUUUUAUGAGUAAAUGAUUUCGAUGUUCUGAGAAUACUUUCUUGAUAUUUUUUUUACAAAUUAAGGAAUUUUGUUUUAAGUUCAAAGUAAGAUUAACUUUAAAUUAGGGAUAAUUUCAGCUUCCACAGCUACGUAGUUACCAUAGUUUAUUUCUAUUUGCAUUAAAAAAAAUUAAUAAUGGCAGCUGUUCAAUGCAAGGCAGUGGAAGGGUAUGCUGCCUACAUAGAUAAAUAUGCAGAUUACCUGAAAGAGAAGUGCUCUAAAUUGAGUGAUUGUAUAGACAAACUGGUGGGAGAGGAGAAUCAACUGACAAUCAUUAGAGGGGAGAAUAUAAGUCUCAAUAAAACUUGCGGCCUGGUGUACAGAACUAACAAUGACACAUACACAACUCUGACAGGAAAGUGCGAGGCAACUGAACGUGAAGAGAUUCGAGAAGAUCUUGAAAACAAUUUGCAGAAUCAACUCGACUACAACAAGAAGUGGAGAGUCAUUAAUACAUGUUUAGGAAAUGUAUAUGGGUACACUGAGAGAACAAACAGAGUUGAGGAAAUAUGUCAGCGCGCCAAAAUCAGAAAGGAAAUCUGCAAUUCUACCCAAAGUCAUAGAUUAGUGGAAGCGUUCUUCAACGAUGAAAUACGAAAUCUGCAGUGCAAGUGUAAACAAAUUGCAAAGUCAGAAGGGAAUGCUGCCUACAUAGAUAAAUAUGCAGAUAUCCUGAAAGAGAAGUGCUCUAAACUCACUGGUUGUAUAGACAAACUGGUGACAGAGGAGAAUCAACUGACAAUCAUCACAGGGGAUAAUAUAAGUCUCAAUAAAACAUGCGGCCUGGUGUACAGAACUAACAAUGACACAUACACAACUCUGACAGGAAAGUGCGAGGCAACUGAACGUGAAGAGAUUCGAGAAGACCUUGAAAACAAUUUGCAGAAUCAACUCGACAACAACAAGACGUGGAAGGGCAUUAAUACAUGUUUAGGAAAUUUAUAUGGGUACACUGAGAGAACAAACAGAGUUGAGGAAAUAUGUCUGCGCGCCAAAAUCAGAAAGGAAAUCUGCAAUUCUACCCAAAGUCAUAGAUUAGUGGAGGCCUUCUUCAACGAUGAAAUACUAAAUCUGCAGUCCAAGUGUAAACAAAUUGCAAAGUCAGAUCAACAUCAAGUUCAAGGCGAGAGUAAGUUGCCAGUCAUUAUUGGGAUUGGUGUCGGAAGUUUUCUUCUUCUACUUCUAAUCCUCUGCCUCGGCAUUUGGUGGUAUAGAAGAAGAAAACAGAAAUCAAAAAAGUCUUACACCGGCUACAGACAGUCUCUUCAUACACCAGGACUUCCAGGAGCUCAGGACGACGGGGACUGUUUAGAGCCAGCCGUAACAGGAAUGAUGUACAGACCCAUGCCGCCCUUUCCUCAACAAAUGUCUAGCCCUGGAUACGAGGACCAGCCGCACUAUAGUGAGGCAGAUAAGAACUAUGGGGAAAAUGUGUACGUCAAUACCGUAGCAGACUCCGCCAAGGGCAUCGCCCACAGCACUCCACAGGAGAACGCCCCAGUACCGUCAAACGUUCUGGUGAGCCCAGUAGAGUCUCACUAUGACCAACUCGAGGAUAGAGCCCAAAAUGAAAGCGAGAACAACUAUACAAAGCUCCUAGUAUAAUUAGAAUUAAAAUGUCGGUUAAAUCAUUAAAUUAGCCGACACACAUUAACAAUAAUAAUAAGGAAUAAGGCUUGUCGUAGAGUCCGAAGAUUAAUGAUAAAUGUAGUAUUUCUCGUGGCUACGCAGCCCCAGCUGCGGCCUACGGCGAUACAUAUUAAACAGAUUUUAAAGAUUUUCUAAGUCAAUUAAAUAAACUAUUGCUUUAUUUUCUUUUUUUAUUAAUAUUAUUAUAUUAUUAGUAUAUAAAACGUAGAUGUAGCUAUAGAUCUAAUUAGAUGUAGCUAUAGAUCUAAUUAGAUGUAGCUAUAGCUCUAAUAAAAUGUAGCUAUAGAUCUAAUAAAAUGUAGCUAUAGCUCUAAUAAAAUGUAGCUAUAGAUCUAAUAAGAUGUAGCUAUAGAUCUAAUAAAAUGUAGCUAUAGAUCUAAUUAGAUGUAGCUAUAGAUCUAAUUAGAUGUAGCUAUAGAUCUAAUUAGAUGUAGCUAUAGCUCUAAUAAAAUGUAGCUAUAGAUCUAAUUAGAUGUAGCUAUAGAUCUAAUUAGAUGUAGCUAUAGAUCUAAUUAGAUGUAGUUAUAGAUCUAAUUAGAUGUAGCUAUAGAUCUAAUUAGAUGUAGCUAUAGAUCUAAUUAGAUGUAGUUAUAGAUCUAAUUAGAUGUAGCUAUAGAUCUAAUUAGAUGUAGCUAUAGAUCUAAUUAGAUGUAGCUAUAGAUCUAAUCAGAUGUAGCUAUAGAUCUAAUUAGAUGUAGCUAUAGAUUUAAUUAGAUGUAACUAUAGAUCUAAUUAUAUGCUAGACGCAGCUAUAGUGUUCAGAUUACUUGUCUUAUAUCUAAUCUGCUCAGUCAUUUCCAGAUCACCAGCAUUCCACAAAAUGUUUUUUGUUUUGGGGCCAGUGUCUUAAAGUAUCUUAUCUUGUCUUAUAUAAUACUGAUGUUACUUCAAAAAAGAAGAUGAUUACGUCCUACUUGUCAUGCAUUUAGUCAUGCAUAAUAAGCAAUGACUUAAAUUCUGCUAAGUCACUGGUUUUCCUGGCUAGCUCAGGCAACCCAUUCCAUGCUCUAAUAGCACUAGGGAAGAAGAAGUAUUUGUACAAAUUUGUCUUAGCAUAUGGAACGAAGAAUGUACCUUUAUUUUUGUGUCUUUCUAAAUAUUUUAUUCGAUUUUGUUUUUGUAUUUGAAAAUUAUGGUUCAGUGUUUUAUGUAUAAUUGGUAUCUUACGUUUGAGUCUUCUAUCCUUAAGGCUUUCUAAAUUUAGUGAUUUUACUAAAGGUGUUACUUUAGUCAAAUGUGAAUAUUCGUUUGUUAUAAAUCUCACUGCUCUAUCUUUGAAGUAUUAUGGUCGCCAUGGCGAAUUUCACUACUCCAUUUAAAAUUAGUAAUCUGUACAAUUUGGUCAGUGCUUUUUUAUAAAUUCUAAAUAAACAAAUUGAAAUAGAUUGAACGUAUUCAAAUAUUCAAGAAUGUUUUUUUUUAAUUAGCUUUUUAUUAAUAUUUAGUAUUCAGUACUGAAUGUUAACAACACUAACUGGCGAAAGCACAUUCAGAUGAUGUUUUUUAUGGUUUGAAAAGUAGCUUAUUAUAUUACCAUGAAAUCUAUCGCCUGUUUUUGACUGAAUGAUCUCAGAAUUUAAAACUUUUUUAAAGUUAAUGAAAUUUACAUUAAACGUGAUUUAUAAAGUCGACGACUUGUGUAGGUGUGUGAUUUUUAAAUCAUCAACGGCUGAAAAAAAAAACGACCCACAAACACUUAACGAGCGACAAACCAAAGAAAUUUGUACUUUUUUUUUCUAUCACUAUGACAAUGCUAAUAAAUUUGGGGAAAUACUGAAUACCGAGGCACUGUGGUUAUUCUAACUUCCAAAGUAUAAACUUUAAUUUUGAUGACGUAAUGCAGUCAAAUAAAUCUUAUACAAACAUGAAAACUGAAACAUCUAGAACAGUUAACAAUUAGUCGUAAAGAAAUGUAUUUGAGAUUUUUCAUAAUAAAGUAAUCACAGUUAUCAAUUUUGAUUUCUAAGAUUCCUGUGACAUUCUUAAACAGUAAAAUACAAUAAGAGAAAAAAAAAGACAAAGCGAAAUUUAGAAAUAAUGUGGCGAAAUAAUGGAACUUAAACGAAAGAAAAUGAAGAGGAGGAUUAGAAGAGAUUCUGAAAUAAAUAGAGAAAUAACGUCAAGGACUCCAUAUUGAUAGAUUGCUGUAGCUAACUACAUAACAUGAAUUUUAUUUUUUUUUGCUACAAGUGAAUAAUCUUAAAAAUUAGAUUUGUACUGCUAAAAUUGCAUUCAAAUUGUAUAGGGUUUUUAAAAUAUAUCAAAACUUUCGUAUUCUAUAGACGUGAUACAUUGAAAGUUUGAUUGUCAAGGAUUAGCCCCCAUUUUAUGCAAAUACACAAAGGCUUAGACAGCCAUUGGAAGACUGAAAAGACUAUUAUUGAUUUCAAUGAUAAUUUAUAUUGCUAUGCAUAAAACGAUUUUUUUUAAAAAUCUAAUCAUGUGUUGCUUAAAUCAUUACAAAUAGAAUAUCAACUUUAUGUAUAUUGAUAUAUUGUCAUAACAUUUUUAAAAUUUUGUAAUGCAAAGCUCAUAUUUGUUUCAUUUGUUUUAUUCUCUUCCUUCUUCACUAACUGAAAAUAACAUUAGAGUGAAUGAAACAUAAAGUGUUAAUGAA